AUGCAGGAUGCCAGAAAGAACAAAAGCAGUUUAAACAGCGUUGUGAGAUUUAAUGGUAAAAACGAGAGCAAUAACAGAGGGCUGAACUGUGGAGAUUACCAGUCGGAUAACUACACUAUCCAGCUAUACAACACCACCCAAUGGCUUCUCAAAGCAGGAAAAACAGCAAAAAGAGGCUUUUAUAUUGGGAUUUUAAUGCGCUGUCGAAGCCUAGAAACUUUGGAAAAUGUGCAAAAUGUGUUGCAGGUUGCUCUGGGGAAGGAUUUCACAUACACAAGGAGCCGCGUUAAAUUAGAGGACAUGGCAACCCACUCCGAUAGCGGUACUAACUCUUGUCCGGAUGGUGAAUCACUCGGACUGGAAAUAGUAAAUGCCUGGAAAUGGUUUAAAAGCAGUCCAAACUGGACACAAGUGAAUUAUUUACUUGGUCUUCUGACCCUGUGUGACACUGAACUCUUGCACAUGUUAAACAAUCUGAUUAAUGUCCUGAUAUGGCGAGAAAAACGCGUUUUUCUACAGCUGAAUACAGAGGGCUUUUCGGAUGAAAAAUCUAAAUCAAAUGACCCUUUUCAGACGGGUACCUAUUCAGAUCAAGAACUUUUCAUCGAAGCAAGUUCACUCUUCGAGGGUGUCAGUUCCUGCAGCAAAAAUAAGAAAAGCAGACCACGAGAGAUUCCAGACAACUCAGAUCCCUCACACAAUAUCAGCUGGAGUAAGUUUGAGGAGAUGCUGCACAGGAAUCGAAGGUCAGAUGGUAGUGAAGCAAAGUCUGAUAGUUCAGAAGAUCCAGCCUUCAUGGUGGUCUUCAGGUCUACCACAUCCAUGUCAGGGAUCAGCCAACACAUAGACUUCAUUCGAGCGCUUCCAGUCAAUAUUGCCAAAAUGAUUUUAGGUCUGCUGGAUAGCACCAUGCUGCAGAGAUGUGAACGUGUCUCCAAGCACUGGCACUACCUUACCAAGGAGAUUCUCACAGAGCUAAGCGUAAAAAGGAAAGUGGACAACCAGGCCAUAAAACUGCAGGGCAGCUCUUCCACUAAGCUCAACCCGUUCUACGCCAACAUCUGUAAGGUCCUAGUGCCAACCAGUGAAGAGGAGAAGGAAGUAGUACCUACAGAGGUUCUUUUUGAAAAUGAAGAGUAUUGUGUGUGUGUGUGUGUGUGUGAACCACAGCCACCUCCAGGCUUUGAGACAGUCUACACUGGAAUUAAAACCAAGGCGGUGGAAAUGGAAGAGAGGAACGUGUACUGUGGGGUCUUUAACAUCAUGGUUCUCUUAGACAGAGAGGACUCCAGCAGAGUGAUGCAUCACGGUGGGGGCAGGACGGUGGCGGUUGGCUCGAAGGACCGAACGGUGCGUCUGCUGGACACGGUGCUGCUGAAAGAGAUCCCCCCGUCGAUGCAGGGCCAUGCGGGCAGCGUCCGAGCCGUGCUGGUAUGUGAGGAAAAGGAGCUGGUGAUCAGUGCCAGCUAUGAUCUCAGUAUCAGAUGCUGGAAUCUGAAGACCGGAGAAUACGUUAUGAUGUUUUCUGGACACACGGGCACCAUCAACUGUCUGGACCUGCAUGGAAACCAUCUAGUCUCUGGAGCCAGAGACUGCAAGGUCAAGGUUUGGAAUCUGCAGACGGGUCACUGCUGUGAGAGAAUGAAGUUCCGUCACCGUAACCCUGUAGUGUGCGUUAAAAUCAGCUCGUCUCGGGUUCUCAGUGGGUGUGAGGCAGGACUGGUCAAGAUGUGGGACAUGGACACAGCAGAUCUUUUAAAGGUCAUAGAGGCUCACCAAGGCUCAGUGAAGUGUCUGUUCUUUGACGAGUUCCACAUCCUGUCUGGAGGAUCGGAUGGACAGGUGCAGGCGUGGACUACAUACCGUGACUUUCAAAAGUGUCUCAUGACCUUUCACCACCCCGGAGCAGUGCAAUCGCUUUCAUUGCUCUACCUGCGGGUCGUCACCGGCUGUGUGGACGGAAAGAUCCGGAUCUUCAACUUCCUCAGUGGAGAGUGCAUUAGAGUCAUCAAAAUCGGCACUUACGAGAGCCCCGUCCUGUCCCUACAGACGCAUCACCACUUCAUGUUGGUGAACAGUAGCAGUCGUGUCCUGCUGCUGCAGUUCGCUCAGGAGUGCUGGGAUCUUAACGAAUCGUCCGAGAGGAAGCGCAGAUCUCAUCUUCGUCUUCUGUCUCGCCCCGAUGACCUCACACUCAGCGGGUCAUCCGAGCCAAACGUUCUCUCUCGCCACAGGAGGAUCCUCUCGGCUCCCAGCAUGCAAGGCUUGCGCGAAAAGCUUAAUGUCAGACGGAGGUUCGUGAUGACUCCAAAUGUGAAAUUGGGACGCGAACCUGCGAGGAACAGAGCUCCUCAUGUGCCCAUCGCUACCACCCAGGUUCCUUUAAAGCUCCGUUCUACACAUCAUUCCUAUGAGGCACGAGAUCCUGGGGACCCUCAUGGAACCAGAGCAUCCCUACCCUCUCCUCCUUCUCAUCCUCCGGCCCCUAAAUCUCUCCAUCGUCCCCAUUCAGCCCCCAAACCCUCAUCCAGCUCUGAAGGCACGUUUAAAAUCUACACACCUCUCAAAUCCUACACGCUGGACACCUCACUCCCCGCGCCCACCUGCCCUCGGCGCUCUCAGACAGCCUGCGGGUCGCGCGGGAUCAGCGCCGCGAGCUCACCCGAGGGUAGAAAUGUUCACCACGCGGAGCAUGCGGGUUCCCGUGUCGAGUUUAAGACUCCGGAAAAGCCCCGAAUAUCCCAGAAUUCCCUGGAUCCCUUCAGAGAGCGCGGAGGAUUUAGGCUGAAGACCGAAUCCGAGCUGGAGGAAUUCGUUCAGGAGCAGAGGCGGCGCGGGAUGCCCUGCAAAGUGAAAACGAAAGGCGUACAGAGUAAAGAACGCACCGAGGUCGGCCAGCCGUACACGCCCGAGCUGGGUUAGAACACCCAUACAAAUACUCACACAUGGCCAAAAGUAUGUAGACACCACAUGAGCUCUAAUUACUCGCUGUAGUUUAGAGCUUUGUUCCUUAAGUGCCUAAAGCACGCUUUGCUCACAGUGCAGUUUGCCAGUACAGUUUGGGGAAGGUCCUUUCCUGUUCCAGCAUGACCGUGCAACAUAAAGACAUGGUUUCACCGUGCAGUUCGGUAGUAGCUCCUACACACGCACUCCAGAAUGUUAUGGAAAGCCUUCCCAGGCGAACGGAGGCUGUUAUAGCCUCAAAGGAAGGCGCAAAUCCAUAUUAAUGCACAUAAUUUGGAAUCAGAUGUAUUAAUUCCUGUUAAUAUUAACUGCAAAGAACACAUUACAACAGUUUAUUACAUAUUACAUAUCUCAUCCGAUAAUAUUUACUGUAAUGACACUUUUUAAUAGUUUGUUUUAUAUGUUAUAUACUUCAUUUCUUAUUCUAUUUAUUUAAUUACAUGGUGGUGUACAAUAAUACUUGUGUACUUUAAUACUUUAAUCCGUCCGUCCGUCCAUCCAUCCAUCAGUCCAUCCAUCCAUCCAUCCAUCCAUCAGCCUAUCAGUUUAUCCAUCCAUCAGCUUGUCAGUUUAUCCAUCCAUUUAUCCAUCAGUCAAUCCGUCCGUCCAUCAAUCAGCCUAUCAGUUUAUCCAUCCAUCCAUCCAUCAGUCAAUCAGUCCAUCCGUCCAUCCAUCCAUCCAUCAGCCUAUCAAUUUAUCCAUCCAUCCAUCCAUCUAUCAAUCAGUCCAUCCGUCUGUCCAUCCAUCCAUCCAUCCAUCCAUCCAUCCAUCCAUGUCCAGAAAGCUCAUGAUUGCAAAUACCUUAAGCCUUAUAGUGUACAAUUAAAGUCCAGUGAAUUAUGUGUAACCAAGUUGGCAGAGAUCAGGUCGAGUUUUGUUUUUAGGUCAGUCAACAAGAAACUGAAAGUUUAAGGGUGCACUUAAGCAACCCCAUGUAGAGAAACCCCCUCUUAGUAGCAACUUGGUGCUUAUUUGAUCUAAACUGCACUAAAUUGGGCUUCAUGGGGUCUUCUUUGUUCUGUGAGGAAG